AUGAGAGUGAGACAAAGGCUUGCGGUGAGCCUGUUUGUUUUUGUUUUCCUGAAGGGAUUCCUGUUGGCCUCAGCAGAUGACAAGCAACCGAUACCUUCCUUUUCGUCUGCUAACAAUGAAUUGCAAAGAAGAGAUGUCUCCACUGCCUUAAAAAAAAGUGAGAAACCGAAACAAGGAAGGAAGAUCCAUCCCUAUGUAGGAGGGCAUACCCACGAUAAAAGAGGAUUAACAAAAAGAUGGCUCCCUUUUGAGCAGAAAGCGAGAAAGCUCUCGGUCGUUGCCACGAGUAGUUUGGUGGAGGAGAACACGACAAACAAAAAGGAAAACAAUACACGAAACAAUGAGCAUUCCAGAAACGCAUCAAGUACUACCACAUCUUCUCAAGCAACACACCAGACUGCUGAUUAUGGAAUUUUGGGAAUUUCUGAAGACGAGGAUAGUGCGAAGUGGGCACUAGACGAAAUGAGAAAAGUAGCUGAAAACAAAACGAAUAGCCAUGAUAAGGAAAUCAAACAAAAUGUUUCAACUGUGGCAAGCACAUUAAGAAUAAUCUCAUCUAAAAAUCAGUCACAGUAUGUCAACCGUCCCGUUAAGAUUAUACUUAUCAAUUCAGGAGGAAAUAUGUCAAAUGCCUUGACCCAGACGAAGAACUUGAAUAAGAGUAACAGGAAUCAAGAUAAUGCAAAUCUGUUCAAAAAUUUAAAACCAGAUAAAGCGGAUGCGGAGCCAAUUUCCAUGAAGGUGAAUACGUCUUCAUCAAAGUUGGAAAAGACGGGUAAAGACACAGUUGGGGUUUAUAAAAUAAAAUCACCGCUUAUAGUAAUUCCCGAAAGCAUACUGCAACAAGCGGAUCCAGACUUCAAACAAAAUAAAACGGCAAGUAGUUCCUCACCACCGUCAUCCACAGCUCAAAAAAUUAAAACAAGUACACAUAAUGACACAACUUUCAUCAAAACAGUGCUGCGAAAAGACUCUGGGGCGAAUCAGACUAAAGCAUUAGACAAUACAACGACAAAUUUAACUGGACCUCAAAAAGUUAAAGGAAAGAUACAAAACGUCUCGGUUUCAGAAACAGUACUACAUCUCUCUGAACUCGGAUCUAAGGAAAAUAACACCUCAGGUAAUGCGACACCCAUGGAGGAGCAAAAUAGUCGACCACCAAGUCUUAGCGGCAUGGAGCCAGUCGGUUCAUCGCAAAAAUCAAAUCAGUCACAAAACAAUGAAGAGCUUGCGUUAUAUCCAAAAGCACCUUCACUUGAAGUGAAUAUCUCAAGCUUAAGAAAAGGACAGUCCUUCGACUUUCAGAUUCCCAGCACGAUACCAUUAAAGAGCUCUGAUCAGAGUAAUCAUAUUCACAUUGAGCCAGAUGAUACACUGAAUUCGUCUGAAUAUUUACCAAAAGACAUAGAAAGUAACUCAAGCAACAGCAACUUUUUGAAUGACACUCUUAAUAAGGUCUUGCUGGAAGAGCUAGUACGAACAGAGAAAUCUAACAAGCUUCUGCAAAAGUUCAAUUCAGAUAUCCUAGCUUCCAAGGCGAAACUAUUAUUCGACAAAGUUAACUUGGGAAGCGAGGUCAAUGAUCAAACAUUUCGAGAGGAAUCAUCAGCUGAUCGAACUUUCUCGGAAAAUAUCUUGGAACCUUACUCAAACGAAGCUUUAUUAACCCGAAGGCUCAAUAACUUACAGGGGAGACAAAGACAGACGGAAGUUCAACAAGACGAAAGUUUAGCGAAAGCACUGAAUUCUUCUUCAGUCUCUUCGAUCAUUUUUAGUGCAAACCGGGCUCUUUUUGAUACUGAUCAAGAAGUUUUCUCGAAGAAGAGCUCCCAGGGUAGACUAAAAGGAGCAAAAAGAGAUAAGGACCACAGACACAAGCGGAGUUAUUUUUGGCACCGUCUAACCAAGCAUCAAGGUACCAACAGAUUGGGUUCAAACGCAGAUUAUCUUAGAGGAAACCCCGCGUCAAGAAGAAAUAAAAAGCAACGUAAGGCAACUGCACGGCAGGUUAUCAAUCUUGGGAACCAUUUUCUAUGGUUUGGUGGUCAGAGUUCGGCUGAUGCAAACGGUUUUCCUCGCCACAACACAGCAACAGAAAACAAUGCAUAUAGUGUCAAUAAUUAUAUUUCAAACUUUCUUAGUUCAGCCAAAGACAAGAAGGCACCUAGCGCAACCAAAGGCUAUAGGGCCUUACAGAGUGCUCUGACAUCUAUGGAGUCCAACCAAGAUAGUCAGGCGGACACUUACAAUUUGGACUCAAUGUACACAGAGCCUGUUGAAAAACAAUGGGAAGCCUCAGAUAGUCAAAAAGCCACAGCGAAUGAGUUUAUUCAGGAUGGUACUGGAAAAGCAGUAUACCAAAGUAUGGUCGAUAAAUCGAAUGAAACAAAAACUCAAGUAAGCUCAAACUCAGUAUCGGAUAUGCAAAGCAACAACGAGUUCAUUGAUCACGGGGCCCCGAUAAAAGAGAAUAGAACUAAUCGUGAACACACAGAACCCGAAUUCGCACAACAGAUCAAUGAAAACAGCACUUCUGCAAUUAAUAACACGUCCAGGCUGAUCAAUUCCGAUCAAAAGAGUGUAAAUGAAGGAAAUAUAACCAUCCUCCAAAAUCUAACAGAUUCCACGGGUCAUUUGGGCGAAACAAAUUCCGCUGCGCCUGGUGGAGGUAUCCAACUUUCAGAGCAAAGUAUGACUACUGUCCAGUCUAAGAUGAGGGAUUCCCCUAAACUACCAAAUGUGACGGCUGAUUCAGAAAAAGCAAUCAAACAACAGCCGUCUGCUAUAAUAAAGAAGAUAAGUACGAACUCUCAGGAACCGGAGACAUAUCAUGUUAUAGUAAAUGAUGCAGGUAAAAAGAUCACAAACGCAAAUGGUCAUGUCACAGUCAUCAUUUCAGGCCCAACUGCAACUCAGGCCUCCAUGCCUGAUGAAAACACUUUGCUAAUACCACAAACUAGCCCAUCUCAGUUUUUACGAGAAAAUGACUUUUUACCUACCAAUGAUCGGGAACGUCUUAACAUCAGUCAUUCGGCCAUUCACGCCGUGAAUAAAACCUCCGUUGAUGAAAACAAAGGGAACGGAACACGUGCUAACAAACAGAUAGCGCCCUUGUCACUUCUUCAAGAAGACAUUGCACCUGCCUUAAAAAUAUCUGAAGAGAUAGAAGAACAUCUAAAACACUCCUCAGCUGAUAGUGCAUUAAGUACAUCUCAGAAAGAAGAGAAUGAGCUUCCGAAACAAACCACUGAUGCCCAUGUCCUAAUGGAUGAAAAAGAUAAUUUUACUUCCAAUAACCGAGAGGAAUCCACGCAUAAUGGUCAUCAUUUUUUUAAGGUUGGACAGGACCUAACUAGUAAUAUUGGUGACCUUCAAAUGGAAGAGGUUUCCCGUCCAGACCUACAAGAAGCACAACAAAAGGUGCAAGAGAAGCUUGCGGAAGAUUCUGCCGGAGGAUUCCUAUUAGGAGGGGAUCAGUUUGCGGCAGAGCAAGCCCAAGACGUACCUACCUUGAAUAUCGUAUUAAAUCCAAUGCAACGAAUUGACGGAUCUCUUUCAGUCGGUGGAAAGGUAAUACCAAUUGGCUCAGCCAAAGAGGGAUACUCAAAGGAAAUUUUAGGUGCAAAUGAGCAAGGAAAACAAAAGCUAGAUUGUCAUGCUGAUACAAAAAAUGAGAAGGCUGGAAGAACAAUGUUGACAUGUCAAAAAAAGCAUGAUCUUGCUAAUUUUCUUCCAGCCUUUCAAGGUAUUGAUUAUUCUGGAAACUUAAAAGCGGCGGGUAGCCCCGGUUUGCAGCUGGAUCAGGUGAUGAAUGUCUUAAACGAUCAAGUAAAAACAACUAUUAACAAGGAAAUGAAAACAGAAAGCAAAGAUAUCGAGGAUGUGCUAAAAGAUAUGACAAUGCCGAGCAGUACUCUGAUGGAUACUGAAGAAGCUUAUUCUCAAGAGGAACCUCCUGAACAUUCCUCCUUGAUGGACACAGACGAGACGUUUACCUCUCACCCAGGUUUUGUGAGACAAACUUCAUGGAAAAAUAAUCGUCAUUACCACCAAAAAAUUCAACCAUUCGGUUUCUUUCAUGGAUUUGGUUUAUCUCAUCAUCUCGGAUUUCGCCAUCAUCUUGGAAUUCCCAACAGGCGCCACUUCUGGGGAUACAACCGCCAUCCACACCCUUUUGUGGUAAUGGCCCAUAAAGACAGCGAUGAAGGCUUCUGGGAUUACCAGCACAAUAUCUUCAUUCCACGUGGCUUUAGCCAUUUUAGCCAUGAUGACGACGAUGACGAUGACGACGAUGAAGGAGUAGAAGUAAAGAAAGCAAAACAUUGGGUUCCAUGGUCUCGACAUGGUCACAGGAGAGGAACCUGGUUAAUGGCUCAUCCACCUUUUCAUCCUCGUCACCACACUUUCCCACCAUUCAGUAUGCCUGUCAGGGAGCAAAAUUUGGCUCAUUUUCGCUUGCCAACUAUUUUCAGUCGAUCAGGUCCUUGGCGGCCUUUGCAUUCACGUAUGACAGUCCCUCAAUCCCAAAAAGAAGAGAAAGGCUCGAAAAGAACAGCUGUGGUGCACAAGACAAUAAGAGGCGAUAGAGACUUGUGCAGACCAAUCAUCGGGGGGCCUUCGCCACCACUGAAAGGCGAAUGGGAGUACUUAGGAAAGGUUCUUUCUAGUUGUCCUUGUAGGUUGAUGGACACAGAGUGGUGAAAAUAUAUGCUUAAUGCAUUGUUGUUUUAUUGUGUACGGCACAGCAUAGAACAAUAAGUCCACUGGAGUUUCUUUCAAGUUUACUAAUGAUAUCAGAUGAUUUAUUUGUUAAGCCAUUUUUCUUAGGCAUCUUUUGAGGGAAUUAACUUCAGGGUUACCUUACUAUUUGUUGUCACGCUGGUUAUAUAUUUGAGCGAGACCUUUUUGACAUGCAAGACUCACAUAAAUUUAUCUUGCACGCACCGAUGUGAAUCAUAUUGACUUAUGAAACCACGUAGUCAGUUUUAACAUCAAAGAUGAGUGAUUUCCCCCCUUAAAAAAAGAAAACAUAUCUUAUUAUCUCAUCAACUAUUUACAGAUUUUUAGCAUAGAUGCAAUAACUAAAUUGACGAGGCUGUUACCAACAGCAAACAAAUAUUUACGAAAUCCAUGCUAUGAUGUUCAAUACCCUUACCGCUAGAACUAUUAAAGAACUCUAGGUUACUUGAGUGCGUAGUCAAAACUAUAACGAAAGUUUCGAACGUGAUUGGUUGUCACCAGCCCGAUUCGCGCACUAGUAGGACAGUGUGCGCGUCAUGCUUGUAAUUGAACAGUGUAGUUGGACAGUGAACGCGUAUGUAUGUAUUGUACAAUAUCCAUUGUGUGUGCUGAAAUUAAUUGUUGACAGGACUUUGUGUCGUAUAAUUCUGUCUAUAAUUAUACUCGUAAUUAACAAAUUA